AUGAGUGUUAGUUCUUCUUAGAAAUAACAAAAACCUAGAGGUGCUGGUACGUCUGGUAGAAAGCCAGGAGAUUUCGAUGAUUCAAGGUCAGAUGUCUCUUAUAUAAGCUCUUAGAAUAGCUAUAUGGGUUAAGGAGUAACAUAUCAAAACCAGAAUAUUAAUUAAUCAAAUCUGUCUUCAGCCUUGAAGCAAGCUCCAGUAUUUUAGAAUCAUUCCCAAAGUCAAUCAGAUUUAUCAUCAAGCAUGUCCCAUAUUUCUUAUGAAGAUGGAUUUUAAAAUGCAGAGUAUAAUGCUAUCACUGAAGAAGAAAGAGCUAAAAGAAGAAGAGAUGAGAAAGAAUAGAAGCUUAGAGAAUUUUAAAAUAAAACUAAGUAAAAAGCAGCAAAAUAAUUGCAAGAGUAGCAGAAAACUCAAAAAUAAGCAGAACUAGAAGCAUAAAUGAAGGAAAAGGAAAGACUCAUUAAAGCCAAAGACUAUGCCGAAAAAAUUAGAAAGAACACCUUGAAGAAAUCAAACUAAAAUAAUAGCAAUAUCAGCAACAUCUAAAUACUAAGUGAAGACCCAGCUGGCGCUCAUACUAAUUACCAUGCUUAGAUUAAAUAAGAGCAGAUUAACAGAGGAAAUAAUGAUCUUUCAGAGGUGAUUCAAGAGGUGUCAGAAGUUGAUGAACAAGAGAGAUCAAGACUUUUACUGAACCAGAUUAAUUCUAGAUCAUAAGCCAUAUUAUAGACCUAAGCUGCUCUUGAUUAACAAUAAAUCCUUGAUCUAAGAGAGCUUUAUUAGCGAAUUGAUUAAGAGGAAUUAGAAAAAAUUGGAGUUGCCGAUAAGUAAACUUUAACUGAAGAAGCCAUUCAUGAUUUACAUGAAUACUCAAUGCUUUAAAGAUUCAGAUAGAAUAGAGACUUUAGAUAGCCAGAUAGAUAUGUAGCCUAAUAGAAAACCACAAAAUAAGCUAACUAUUAUUCCUCAUAAGCAGAUAAAGAAAAUAAAUGGUGGCUGCAAUAGUAGAAUGGCAUAACUGAGUAAGAAUUAAAGCAAAAAACUGAGAAGACUCGUUAUCUUAAGGCUUUGAAAGCCCUAGUAAAGGAGAAAGGUGAAAAGUUAGAUGGAGGCGAGAUACCUAAUCUCUGCAGCUGUGGGGCUUUAGGAGAAAAUUUACAGAGCAUGAAAAAAGGUGCUGCUAAGACUUUAGUACAAAUGUGCGCUAGUAAUUGUUAAUUCUAUAAAAAUGAGAAGGAUUAUGAAAAGGCACUUAAGGAUAUUUUACACAGUCUUAGCUUAUUCAAGUGA